AGCAGUCAUCUAUCGUCCCUCCACAUAAUUCUCUAUCUCGUCUAUCUCCCUUCGAUCUGGAACCGAUGAAGCACAUGGCUCUGCUUGCUGGUUGCAAUUCUGGGGAAGCCAUGCCCGAUCGCGAUGUCUCCACACGAAAAGCCUUCGAGGCUGAAGUGCAGAAAGGCGUGAAAAGUACCCAUUGGGGACAGGUAGAACCAUUGUCGCCCGAACAGCUAGAAGAAGUGCGAAAAGAGUAUGUUCCUGACGAUGAAGAUUUAAGGCUCGGCUCGUUAAUUCAUCUUCCCGAACUCGAUUGUUUGAUUACAGUUACUUAUUUUUUACCUCUAGAGUCGGUCCUAGCCCUUCCAACAAUACAGUUACUUAUUUUGUACUCUUAGACUUUUCUUCUUUGAGUUCUGUUUCUGUAUGCGGCACUUUGUCUUUGACGAAACAGAAAGUGAUUUAAGUAGAUGAUGUGAAUAUGAAUUAUCGCCGCGCGCUUUAAUGAUCGCUGAAGAUGAUGAUGGG